AUGAGGUCUUGGUUCUUGUCAUUGAGCCCUCUAAAGGACGUCGUUAGUAGUUUAACCACGUCGAAGGAGCUUCUGAAAGUUCUUUUUCGGGUUGGUGGUCUCGAGAAGCAACAUAAACCGACUAUAGCCCUCGUCUCAGCCUUAGGAGUCGAGCUCGAUCGUUCCAUCAUCCAGGUUGAGCAGUUGAUCCGUGAAGAGAGGUCUCAUUCUCACCAGAUUGAUUUCCUCAUGAAGCAUUUCGCAGAAGAAAAGGCGUCUUGGAGAAGAAAGGAGCGGGAACGAAUCUGCACUGCCAUUUCACAAAUGGCAGAGGAAGUCGACGUGGAAAAGAAAUUGAGAAGACAAACGGAGAGACUAAACAAGAAGCUUGGCCAAGAACUGGCUGGCAUGAAGUCAUCUCUUUCCAAGGCGAUGAAAGAGCUCGAGAGUGAGAAGAGGGCUAAGGAAAUAUUGGAGCAGGUCUGCGACGAGUUAGCGAGAGGGAUUGGAGAGGACCAGGCGCAAGUGGAAGAAUUGAAGAGAGAAUCCGCCAAAGUUCUUGAAGAGGUGGAGAAGGAGAGGGAAAUACUUCAGCUAGCGGAUGUUUUGCGCGAGGAGAGAGUGCAGACGAAACUUUCAGAGGCCAAGUACCGUUUUGAAGAGAAGAAUGCCACCGUUGAAAAGCUGAGGGCUCAGCUCGAGGCCUACAUGAGAUCCAAAAUGAGUAAAGAUGAGAAUUCUCCGAAAUCAGAGAAAGCCAAGGAGCUCGAGGCGUUCUUGAACGACAAGAUCAAUCUUGAAUGCACUGAAAACGAAUUAUUCUGA